CAAAGAUCGGAUAUGCAGGGAACACGGAACCGCAGUUCAUCAUGCCGUCCUGCAUCUCCAUCAAGGAGUCGGCCGGUGUGGGGGAGCAGGCCCAGAGGAGGCUCGUACGAGGAGUUGAGGACCUGGACUUCUACAUCGGAGACGAAGCCGUAGACAAACCCAACUAUGCGACCAAGUGGCCCAUCCGUCACGGGAUGGUGGAGGACUGGGACCUGAUGGAGAAGUUCAUGGAGCAGGUUAUCUUCAAAUAUCUGCGAGCUGAGCCUGAAGACCACAGCUUCCUCAUGACGGAGCCUCCUCUCAACACUCCUGAGAACAGAGAGUACCUGGCUGAGAUCAUGUUCGAGACCUUCAACAUACCUGGACUCUACAUUGCAGUACAGGCGGUGCUGGCGUUGGCGGCGUCCUGGACGUCCCGUCAGGUGGGUCAGAGGACUCUAACCGGCAUCGUGAUUGACAGCGGAGACGGCGUCACACACGCCAUCCCAGUGGCCGAGGGCUACGUGAUUGGCAGCUGCAUAAAACACAUCCCGAUCGCAGGGCGGGACAUCACCUUCUUCAUCCAGCAGCUGCUCAGAGACAGAGAGGUGGGGAUUCCUCCGGAGCAGUCGCUGGAGACCGCCAAGAUCGUAAAGGAGCGGUACUGCUACAUCUGUCCAGACAUUGUGAAGGAGUUCUCCAAGUAUGACUGUGACCCUGGUAAAUGGAUCAAACAGUACCGAGGCGUGAACAGCGUCAGCCGGACCUCCUUCCACAUCGAUGUGGGCUAUGAACGCUUCCUGGGCCCUGAGAUCUUCUUCCACCCCGAGUUUGCGAACCCAGACUUCAUGCAGCCCAUCUCUGACGUCGUUGAUGAGGUCAUUCAGAGCUGUCCAAUCGACGUGAGGCGACCGCUCUACAAGAACAUCGUGCUGUCUGGAGGGUCCACCAUGUUCAGAGACUUUGGGCGGCGGCUGCAGAGGGACCUGAAGAGGGUGGUGGACGCCCGGCUGAGGCUGAGCGAAGAGCUGAGCGGAGGACGGAUAAAGCCGAAGCCGAUGGAGGUGCAGGUCGUCACGCAUCACAUGCAGCGUUACGCCGUCUGGUUUGGAGGUUCCAUGUUGGCGUCCACGCCGGAGUUUUCCCAGGUGUGCCACUCGAAGAAGGACUACGAUGAGAUCGGCCCGAGCAUCUGCCGACACAACCCCGUGUUCGGCAUCAUGUCCUGAUGGCAGAACGUUAGCCUGCUAGCCUGCUAGUCUGUUAGCUUGCAGGCUCUGCAGCUUGCUGGCCUGUUCACCUGCUGUCUGCUAGCCACCAGCCUCUUAGCCAUUAGCCUGUUAGCUCUUUGCCCUGUUCAGUUUUUAACCUGUUAGGCAACCGGCCUGCUGGGAUGAAGCACACGGAGGUCUGAGGAAAGUGAAGCACAAAGUUUGUUUUGGUUCCUGUUCAGUACAUUUCCCCAACAGAGAAAUCAUCUCACGAAACAACCAACCAGAACAUCCAGAAGCAGCGUUUAAAGGAAACCCAGCAUCUGUCAGACUCUGACAGGAAAUCAGGAAUUCACUGACAGAAACACAAAGUGCUGCUGGAGGGUUUCUGCUGAAGCCGACUGCACAUAAAUGAAACCGGUUUUAGAGAAAUGUUGCCGAUGGAGGCUGAAUCUAAACGUGUUUCUCUGAAUCAUGCUGCAGGUCAGAGUUCUGCACCACGGAGCCACUUCAGGAAAUCCAGGAUGUCUUUUCGUUACCUGGCUUCACUAAACCAAACAUAAAGCUGGUUAUCAACUCUGGAAGUCAAUUUAGGGUUUCUGAACCUGAGUCUGAGCAUGCUCACCUGAAAGGGGCGGAGCAUCAGAUGACCGAACUUGGACGGUCUACUGGCACCAAAGGAGAGCAAACGGUCAUAUUGUAGAGAGCUCAGGUUGAGCUGUGGGGUCCAGUGAAGCUGGAUGAAGAUAAGAGAUCAGGACUGAUGGACCUGCUUCAUGGUGCAGAGCUCCGGUUCGGCAGCCUGAUCCAGACGUAUUCACAGGUUCAGCAGCUAAACACCCAUCCAAGCCAAGGAAUCCAUUUCCCUCCUCACAUGCUGCUCGUCAAUCAUCUGCAUGUGUCUCUGUUCAUGUACAGACCUGCUGUUAGCGUGUUAGCAUGUUGUCAUGUCAGCUUCUGUUGGAAACACGCCGAGACGUCACACACUUAAACCUGAACACA